ACCAGCCUCGGGUCAGAACCGAGUCACCUUGACAUGGGCAACAAUCAACAUCAACCCCCAGAGCGGGCCUUCUGUGACCUGUCCUCUCCGGGGCAGGAGGGCAUCAGGGUGGUCCAGCUCUACCUGAUGCCGGCCUUCUUCCUGGGGGUGUUGAUACUGGGUCUCCCCCUCAACCUGCUCUCUCUCUGGAUCUUCUUCCAACGCCUGAAACGCUGGUCCAGGAGUAGUGUCCUGCUCUUCAACCUGGCCAUGGCUGACACCUUUUGGCUGCUGGCUCUACCCUUCCUCAUUCACUACCACUUAAACGGUCUCCACUGGGGUCUGGGUGUGUCGCUCUGCAAGACCCUUCGGUUGCUCUACCACAACUACUUCUACCUCAGCAUCUUCUUCGUUUCCUGCGUUAGCGUGGACCGCUAUCUCGCCAUCGUCCACCCGUUGCGCUCUGUGGUGUUACUUGGCCGCCGGCAGACCUAUUUCCUCUGUGCCGUUAUCUGGGCGAUUUCCAUGGUGAUAAGUGUCCCUAUAGCUCACAUGACUUUGCUACAACAUUGCCCCGGAGACAAUAAUCGUACCGUGUGUACCCUGUAUAUGUUAAUGGAUGACACUGGGGAGAGCCUACCCUACUCAAUCUGCUGUACCACCAUCGGCUUCCUCUUCCCUCUAAACUCCAUCUGUUACUGUUGCCUCCGCAGCAUCAGGGAGCUCCGCCUCCGCAGCCGUCGUCCACAGGUACACCUCCACAAAAACAAGGGGCGACGUGUCCGUCUGACCCGCGUGUUGACCGCCGUGCUGACCCUCUUUGCCCUGUUCUACCUGCCCUACCACCUAAGCAGGAACGCGGCCAUCGUGAUGCAUGCCAUGUACCUGGGCAGGCCGGCGUUCUGGCAGCCUGUAGACCUGGCAUUCUGCCUGGAGAUCUGUCUAUGUAGCCUGAAUACCUGUGUCAACCCGCUGUUUACUUGCUUCGUGGGACGGCAGUUUAGAAAGGAGUUCCAGGAUACCUUUGGGUUCGCUUGGCUGCAGCUUUGGAAGAGUCAACGACAGAAGUCAGCGGUGAAUCAUGUGACGUCAGUAACAGGGUUGUUUGAGAGAAAGAGGAACCAGAGGACCAUAGGGCAUGAAAGAGAAGGGCAUGGUGGCCAGGGUUUGGCUGCUGUCACUCCACUGUGAAUGCUGAAGGAUCAGACCAUGGUAAAUGACCAUCUCAAUUAUUUUUUUUAAAUCCAUCCUCUCCCCAUCGCCUCCCUUGAUUGGAAAAUACUUGGCGGGGGGGGGGGUUGUCUUUAUAGCAGCUGGACCACACAGAUGAUCAGAUCUCAGACACAAUUACAUCUUAAGAAUCACAGCAACAAGCCUGUCUGUGGGUGGUUAUCUGUGUGAUACAGCAACUAACCUGUCUGUGGGUGGUUGUCUUCCUUACUUUAUUUUGUACUGAGCAUGGAAUUGGUAUGCAUGUCACUUUUAGGUAGUCCUGAGGCAUGGUCCUAGGGCUCAGGUCCUCCGGGAGGGGAGAACUCUAUAGAAGAAAGCCCUGCCUCCAGCUGUUUGCUUAGAAAUACUAGGGACAAUAAGGAGGCCUGCAUCUUGUGACUGUAGCGUACUUGUAGGCAUGUACGGUAGGACCAAAUCAGAGAGAUUAGGUACGGGGCAAGAAACACUUUGUAAGUUAGCAGUAAAACCUUGAAAUCAGCCCUAGCCUGAUUAGUCUAAUCUAGAAGUGACUAAAGCAUGAAUUCAUUUUUCUGCAUAAUUUGUGGGCAAAAAGAAUAUGUCAGUUCGGUUGUCAUCUGAGACAUAAACUCUACAGUGGAAAGUCUACACAUCAGAGAUAUUGGAUUCACAUAGAAUUGUUGUUCAAUUUAACUGUUUGAUUAUGAAAUUAUUCGUGAUGGGAUGCAAUGUGAUUUUAGCUUCUAAAAUGUGCGAUUUGGGUUUUCAUACGGUUAGGGCUCUGCUCAAUCAGUGGCCCGCCCUGUGAAGAGACAUGGGCUAUAAAACUGUUCAAACACGCCCUCCUCUCCCUUUCUAUAUAAAGCCUUGACGACAAUAUAACCUCCUGUUCCGAGGAUGUGAGGACCACGGUCCUAUGUCAGAAUGGUUCAGAUAAUAACUACAGAACGAAGCCAACAUCAGCGUGAGCUUUGGUUGCGAAUGGUAUGAACUUUGAACUCUUAUUCACUACAGAAGUGAUACCUCCUAGCCGUUGAGUUAGCAACAGCAGUUGCAAACGCAGGUUAGGAAGGAACAGACAGAGUAUCCCUUCUACCACACAAUGACGUUACUACAACGUAUCCAAUUUACUGGCAGAGGACUCUUCAAAGGACUUGGUUGGACAACACGGCCUUCCAUCUACCACCAAACUUCCUACCACCAACCAACCUUCCGAAGCGCAGCUCAGAGUAAAUAUUUAUUGCAUUUUCCUUUUCCAAAUGGGAGGUCAUUUAGAAUGCAUAAGAUUCUGUAUUUACGAUAGCACAGCUUCGCCCUUUGUUCCUCAGUCUUCCCGCUCUUUCACUCAAACCCAGCCCCUUUUCUUUUGUGUCACCAGCUGUCAUAUCUGUUCCGCCCGCUAGGGACGUUUUCCUUUAUGACGUAAUUUGUAAUCAAGUUAUGAUUUAAUUAUGUGUAUGUGUAAUUCUGUGUGAUUUAGUUAGGUAUUUAGUAAAUAAAUAA